UCAGCGAGAUCUCAAUUGUCGUCUUCCGCAAAGCAACGCAGCGAGCCACCACCAUGAUGUCCCUCGUCUCUCUCUCUCUCAUUUGCUUCUUCCUUGUGCCGAUACAAGCCCAGUCGACCAUCACAGUCGAUCUGGCAAAGAAAUAUCAGACAAUGGACGGAUUUGGAACGUCGGAAACCUUCCAGCGCGCGAACCAAAUGAGAGCUCUGUCGCCCGAACUCCAACGUUAUUCCCUUGAUCUGCUUUUCAACCGUACUUCGGGCGCAGGAUUAUCCAUCCUGCGCAAUGGCAUCGGAUCCUCUCCAGAUUCAUCCGCAGACCAUAUGGUCACGAUCCAGCCGCAAAACCCUGGCGGGCCAAACGCAGCGCCGAAAUAUGUAUGGGACGGGAACGAUAACUCACAGGUUUGGGUGAGCACGGAGGCGGCGAACACGUACGGUGUUCAGACUUUCUACGCGAACGCUUGGUCCGCGCCGGGAUAUAUGAAGACGAAUAACAAUGACGCGAAUGGUGGUUCCUUGUGCGGGGUCCCUGGCUCGUCAUGCUCGUCUGGUGAUUGGAGACAGGCUUAUGCGAACUAUCUUGUGCAAUAUAUCACUUAUUACAAAGAGCUCGGUGUUGACAUUUCACACCUUGGGUUUUUGAAUGAGCCGGGUUUGACAACGAGCUACGCGAGUAUGCGAAGUAGUGGACGUCAGGCUGCUGAUUUCAUAGCUAUCUUGAGACCGACUCUCGAUAGAGCGAAUUACUCUAACGUCAAGAUUACUUGCUGCGACUCCGAAGGUUGGAACCAACAGGCAGGGAUGAUGGGCGAUUUGAAAGGGGUAGAGGCCAAUGGAGCGCUAGGAACGGUUACCGCGCAUUCCUACACAUCUCAGCCAGGUUCUCCAAUCAACUCGAAACUUCCUGUUUGGCAAACAGAGAACGCCGAUCUACAAGGACCUUGGACCGCUGCCUGGUACAGCAACAACGGAGCAGGAGAAGGUCUUCUUUGGGCAACCAAAAUCUACGAUACCAUUGUCCGUGCAAACGCGACAGCCUAUCUGUACUGGAUCGGUGUUCAAGGGGGUGCGACAAACUCGAAGAUGAUCCGCAUAUCCGAUGACAAGAAAAGUGUCAUUCCUAGCAAGAGGCUUUGGGCGAUGGCGAAUUGGAGUCGAUUUGUCAGACCUGGUGCUCAGAGAGUUGCAACAAGUGGAGGACCAAGCGAAGCGAGGGUGAGCGCGUUUGAAAACGUGGACGGCACGGUUAGUGUUCAGGUUAUACAGACGGGUACAGCUAGUGGUGCGGUGACGGUGAAGAUGGGAGGUAACACAUUCACGAUCAAAGAGGCUAGCGCGUGGAUCACGGAUAACACGAGGGACGUAGGUGAAUUAGAGGUUGAGGCAACUAAUGAUGGAGGAGUGAAGACAACUGUUCCAGGGAGAAGUAUGGUUACAUUUGUGCUAAAGCCGGAGGCUCAAAACUAAUUAUUU